CCCAUUUCAUCAUCUCGGCCUCGAGCUACCCAACCAAGCUUUCCACCGCCUCACGCUUCCUCCUCGUCGCAACUCCCACCAACGCCCACGAGAACUCCUAGAGAAGAAUACGAUAUUCUCGCCGAAUCUCCAUCUCCUCCCGUCUAUCUUCAGCUUUCCGUUCCGAGUCCGAAGCCCGCGAACGACCAACACCCCCGCGUCAUCACAGCUUCAUCACCAACAGGAGUCACGAAUCGCAAGUCGAAAGGGAGGGAAGAGAAGAAGAGACGAAGCUUCGCUGUGAGAAAAAAGGGACAUAUACACAUCUCUAGCCCGCACGCGAUCCCGCUAGGAAACUUAUCUGCCUAUCAUGAUGUCCGGCGAGGCCUGGUUAUACCUGUUGGCGGUCAUUAUCAAUGCCGUCAACCUGUUCCUGCAGGUCUUCUUCACUAUCAUGUACAGUGAUCUCGAGUGUGACUACAUCAACCCGAUCGACCUCUGCAACCGCCUUAACACAUAUAUUAUCCCCGAGGCUGCGGUGCAUGGAUUCCUGACUUUCCUCUUCCUCAUCAAUGGCUACUGGGUUGCGCUCAUCCUCAACCUGCCGCUCCUGGCAUACAACGUGAACAAGAUCGUGAGCAACUCGCAUCUCCUGGAUGCGACUGAGAUCUUCCGUAAGCUGAAUGUGCACAAGAGGGAAUCCUUCUCCAAGCUUGGUUUCCACCUCAUUAUGUUCUUCUUCUAUCUUUACAGGUAUGCUCGAACCAACCCAUUUCACAAUAAACUUAAACUAACACCACGCAGCAUGAUUGUCGCCCUUAUCCGCGACGAGACGCACUAAAUAGCGGACACGUUCUAGACGGGACAGCGAUGAAUGAAUGAUGUGCUUGGAAAUGUUGGGAUAAUGACUGAGGACAGCGGGCAUCAUAGCGAGAGCUUGUCUGUGCGGAGGAUCGUAAUGUGAGAAGUGUUGUGAGAGAGAAAGUCGGAGUCGGAGUCGCGGGGUCGAGCGAGGAGAAUUGGAGGAUAUCUGUGUGUGGGUACGGUACGGAGUAGUUAUAUGCGAUAUAUAGCUGGAAGGGGACGGUACAGCGAUUGGGGGCGCGAUAGAUGGGAUGAAGUUGUGAAUAUGAAUGGUAUUAUGUAUGCAUUUACAGCAGUGUAUCGUUUCUCUUAAAUCCGUUUUGACAGCGUC